AUGGCCGCCGAUGACAGCCUCGCUACGCCCGUCGUCUUUACCGACGGUGUAGCCAACUGUCAAAACCAAAGUAACACGCCCGGUCUUCUUUCACAUUCCAAUGUCCGCCAUUUGAGACGACAGGAAUGGGGUCCAAUUUCCUCCUCCCAUCCUGCAUCCGACUGCUCCUCUCCAAGUUCGGCAUGUACACGCUCUCCCGGCUCUAUUCAUGUCUCGCAGUCACCAUACGAGUACGAUCCUUGGGACCUGGUGCCGUACCACGUCCCCUGGGGCAACGAGUAUGAGAAUUAUCGGUCUGGCGCUUUUCCAGGUCGUGGAGGAGACUGCGUAUUCUUGCGGUCCCCUACUCCUUGCUCCCUCGAACAGCAUAGCAAGCUGCGCUCGACGGAGGCAUGCAAGAACUGCCGUGCGCGCAAGUCUAAGUGCUCUGGAACGCGUCCAGCUUGUUCUCGCUGUAUCGUGAAAGGGUUACCCUGCCAGUACGUCUCCGAUCUCGCCCCCCCAAAAAAUCACGACGACCCCAGGGGAUCCGUAGCGUCUCCAAAGCCCCCUCGAGUAGACGAUGUUCGGCUCAUCAGUCAAAGUCUUUCAUCUCGCGAAUCCGACCUCUCGGUUGUCAAGGAACUUCAAGUCCAGAAUGAGGAGCUCGACAAUGACGCCCAUGCGUCACCCUCCAACCUCGUUUCCGAGUGCCCGCCCAUAAAUCCUGGUUCGAUGACCUGGGAUUUCUCGACUACCUCUUCAGAAGGAGAAUCGGACAUUUUUGGCCACGUCAACACACAUACAUCUUGUCUUCCUAGCCUCGCUGAAGGUGAUGAGUUCGCCCACCUACCCCCAUACGCUCCGAUAUCCUCUUUGCCCCAUGGCGAGUCCAUCUCUCACGACGACUCUUUCUCUCGAUUCGAUACCAUCUAUCCUUUCAUCGAUUCGACCUUGUCCGUCACCGCUCCACGCCCCAUAGCUCAAGGACUCCCCAUGUCUCUACUCGAGAUGGAGAGCAUAUCUCUCGAUAACCGGUAUGAGAGCGCUGAGCACCACCAGACUUGUCCGUCGACGAAGGCAUCAGGGAACACGCAUAUCUUCGCUCCCUCAUCGGAGCAUCAAAGUCACGAGUUCUUCACGUUGUAUCAUGCCUCGUCAUCCGCGUAUAUAUCCGACUCUGACGUUCAUUUCAGCUGUGAUAACUCUUCAUUAUAUGCACCUGACGAGUACGGAUAUGAUUAG